AUAAAUAAAAAACUCACGUAGCUUGAAAAGGAUAUAGCUAUAAUUUUAGACGGUGAAAGAUAUUUCUAGAAAAUAUAAUUUUAUUUUUUAUUGCUUAGAUGGUUGGACGAGUUCACAGCCCACCUGAUGUUAAGUAGUAACUGGAGCCCAUAGACAUAUACAACGUAAAUGCGCCAACCACCUUGAGAUAUAAGUUCUAAGGUCUCAGUAUAAUUACAACGGCUGUCCCACCUUUCAAACCCAAACGCUGUUACUGUUUCACGGCAAAAAUAGGCUUGGUGGUGGUACCUACUCGUGCGGACUCACAAGGGGUCCUACCACCAGCAAUUACGCAAACUAUUAUUUUGCGGGUUUGAUUUUUAUUACACGAUGUUAUGCCUUCACCGUGGAAGUCAAUUGCGAACAUUUCUUAAGUAGGUACGUAUUUCAUUAGAAAAAUUGGUACCCGCCUGCGGGAUUCGAACACCGGUGCAUUGUUAGAUACGAAUGCACCGGAUGUCUUAUUCUUCAGACCACGACGACUUCAAUUUGUGUAUACAUUGCGGUCUGAAUUGUGGGGCAGACUUUAAUAAAAUUGAGAUUGCCACCUCGUGUAUCAAGGCUGCAAUCUGCAAAAUGUGUAUUUACGAUUACAACUACAAAUAAAGGCCACACGUGCUCAUACUUUGCAACAACUAUAUAAACAAGUGAAAUAACACAACUAUACGCGUCAAAUUACACAUACUAUCAAUGUUAUUCCAUUAACAGAUUUUAAUCAUGAAUAAUCUAGAUACUACAAAACAUAAAUAAAAUGGAACACGCUAGGUGUUAUCUUUUCAAUCAAAAUAUCGCUUUACUAUAUAUUUGGGAUCGGACAAUACAUUUUACAGUUGAAAGGUAUAAAAAUGAUUUGUUUAAUUUUACUUGUUUUUUCGUUUUUUUCUGUUCAGAGCUUGGAGAAUAUUAUCGGUCGCGGUUCUUACAGAGUAACGAACUUACAGCAGUGUGAAGGGUAUGAACAGCAUCUGUUCAACUUAGACUUGCACCGGAGGAAAAUGAACAGGACGCACGAUGGGUUCAACGGCGUCCUCAAAAUCGAAACACGCCUAGACGAUUCCUAUGGAAUUGAAAUCAAAGUGUGUAAGUUCGUUGACGGUGGGUGCAAGCCCUUUACUGUAUUGAAAGACGAGAGCUUCACUAAAUUUGUAGAAUAUCACAUUGGAAAGAACGUGGAAAAAAUUUUAAGCGCUGCAGGGGUGGAACCCGCCAGAUUUCCGAUAGAACCGUGUGAAAAGAAAAUUACAGGCUACCUGUUUAGCUAUGAAGAAUUACCUCAUGCUGGUCUCUACGGAUCUUUUCAUUGUCACACGACAGUACUACAGAGGAACGGUGAUGAUAACGAAGUCGUCGGAUGUCUCGACGUUACCUUUGAAUUUAAAGCAAACAACGAUAUUAAGAUAAUUUAAAAUAUGA